AUGCCCAUCCUACAAGCGAUUAUUCAUCAUGAAAGCAAAAGUAGUGAAGACGCCGAACACUCCCGAGAACUCCGAUUCUUCUCCAACGGGGAACUCACGCCUCCAUUUACUCCAUUGACAUCCUUCGACUGUCCUGGAACCAGUUCCACCAUGAGUGAGGGCAACCAGGUGCCGCCUAACGACUCUCUCACCUCUCUCACCCCGGAUGAGGCAAACAAAAUCAUCCAUUCGCACAGAAAAGUGAGAUAUGCGCCCCCUUCAGAGGCUAAAUCUUCUCGUACCUCCGCAGGCACCGCAUGCUGGCCUUGCAGGCAACGCAAGGUAAAGUGUGACAAUAAACAUCCGUGUGAGAAUUGUGUGAAACGAGACCAUGCCAGUCUUUGCUCGUACAAUCCGAAGCAGAAUGCGACAAAGCAAACAGCAUCUGUAGCAGGAAACAAGAGACCAAGGUCGCCGGGAAGUGCAAGCUCUUCUAGGAAAGAAGAUGACAGGUGGCCGAGAACAACCGGUGAGUCCCAUAAUCUCUAA